ACAUCAACGUGUGAACCAAAUUACAGAACAGGUGUUGGAAUCCUCACCGAUCCACUAUAUUUCCAACUUACUCUAGUCUGUAUCUUUGAUCAUAGUAAUAGCAAUAUCUUCUAUAAGAAGCUCAACAUUGUUUCUCAAGCUUGCCUUGUUUUGUAAUUUGCAAACGACAGAGAGAUUAAAGAAGGAAGAUGAGUAGCAAGAUUAUCAGUGGAAAGAGGUUUGAAGGGAGAGUGGUAAUUGUGACUGCUUCAACACAAGGCAUUGGCUUUUCCACAGCUGAAAGGUUUGGAUUGGAAGGUGCUUCUGUUGUCAUCUCUUCUCGCAAGCAGAAAAAUGUAGAUGAGGCGGUUGAGAAACUCAAAGCUAAAGGCAUCAAGGUGGUGGGUGUUAUCUGUCACGUGUCAAAUGCGCAACAGAGGAAGAAUCUCAUAGAGACUACUGUACAGAAAUAUGGAAAGAUAGAUGUUGUUGUAUCCAAUGCUGCUGUCAGUCCAUCUUCAGACUCCACUUUGGAAACCCAUGAAUCUGUCCUUGAUAAGCUGUGGGAAAUUAAUGUUAAAGCAGCUAUCCUCCUACUGAAGGAUGCGGCCCCUCACAUGAAGAAGGGUUCUUCAGUUAUUCUGAUUUCCUCUAUUGGUGGCUACCAUGUACAUGAUUCCUUGGCUAUGUAUGGUGUCACAAAGACAGCCCUUUUUGGGCUUACCAAGGUGCUUGCAGCUGAGAUGGCUCCUCACACUCGAGUGAACUGUAUAGCUCCUGGGUUUGUACCAACGCACUUCACUGGUUUCAUUGCAGGCAAUCAGGCUCUUAAAAAGUCCAUUGAGGAUAAGACCUUGCUGAAGAGACUUGGUACCACAGACGACAUGGCCUCUACAGUCGCCUUUUUGGCUUCCGAUGAUGCUUCUUACAUAACAGGAGAAACUCUGGUGGUAGCUGGAGGGAUGCCGUCCAGACUGUAGCUCCCCUCCCUUAAAGUUUACCCAAAUAAAAAGCAUGCUAUGAUUUUUCAUGGUACCAACCGAAAACCCACGUCAAUAAAUCCAUGAAAGAAAAAUUCAUGCUGAUGCUCUUUGUUCAUUUCUUCAUGGCAAAUUGACAUUGUUUCAUUGAGAUUUCCUUGUCGGAUAAGAUUAGAGUGUGAUAUGCUUGUCGAACAUAACAAAAUGUAGAAGGAGGAAGCCAUAACUUAUCCCCUUCAUUACAUAAUUUCCAAUUCCAUGGCAGAUUGUGAGGGAGUCAUGCAUGCUCCCACUUGACGUGUG